AUGGAUUUAGAAAUGAUGAAAGGUAUGUAUUGUAAUUUAGAAUAUCAACAAAAGAAAAUAUGGGAAACAUAUGAAGAAAUAUUAAAUACAAUAAAUUUACAAGAACAAAUAAAACAAUUACAAAUACAAAAUCAACAAUUAAUAAAUAAUAAUAAACAAUUAAUUAAAGAAUUAAAUGAAAAAAAUUUAGAAAUAAAUAAAUUAAAUGAUGAAAUAAUAAAUUUACAAAAUCAAUUAGAAAAUAAUAAUGAACAAUUAAUUAAAGAAUUGAAUGAAAAAAAUAAAGAAAUAAAUGAAAAAAAUGAAGAAAUAAAAGAAUUAAAUGAAAAAUUAGAAAUAAUAAAAUAUGCUGGAAAUAUAAUAUUAAUAACACAUAAUAAACAUUUAAAAAAUUUAUUAUAUACAAUUAAUAAAAUUAUUUAUACUAUAGAAUUUAAUAUUCCAAAUACUAAUACUAAUAAUAAUAAUACUAAUAAAAAUAUUAUUAAUAAUAUUAUUAAUAAUAAUAUAAUAAAUAAUAAUAAUAAAAUUGAUAUUGUAGUUGAAAAAAAUAAUAUUGAAAUGUUAAUUGAAAUAAAUUAUAAAUUUGUAAAAUUAUCAUUAGAAAUUAUGAAAUUAUUAUCAAAAAAUUAA